ACUGUACAUUGUACGUAUCAUCUCACUGUAUUUUAAAAAUGUGCAACUACAUAUUGAUAAAAACUUUAGAUCCGAUUUAAGACUUUAUAUGCAGAGAUUCUUUUUUAAAUAUAGUCUGUGGCCUGUGCAAACACACUUUUCAGAAUUUGGUUUGAAGGAGAACGCAAGGAUAGGGCACAUAAUCGCGAAAAAAUAUUAGAGUGCAAUGGCAGAUCAGUAUGCGGCCUGUCCUGACCCUGGGCUAUGUCUACCGGCGGAAGGUGACAACGUACUGCUGGCUUUUGGACUAACAUUUCUGGCCGGUGCAGCAACACUUGUCGGUGCUUGUGUGCCAUUUUUCAGCAAAUUGCAAAACCCGAAGUUUCUAAGCGGCGGCUUGGGGUUGGCCGCUGGUGUGAUGAUUUAUGUCUCCUUUGUUGAGAUAUUCGCCAACAAGACAUUUGCAUAUCUGUGCUGUGUAACCGAAUACUACGUGGCGGCUGGCACCGCUGCCUUCUUCGGGGGUAUGAUUCUAACAGUAGCCUUACACGUCCUCGUGACUUGGGUCCAGGGCUUUGAUAGUCUGAGCACGAAGAAGUCAUUUCUGAGAGUAUUUCGAAUCAAAGAAAAAAGGAGUAAGCUUGAGACCACGGUGGUUGAUGCGAGGGAAUCCUUCAAUCAGCAAAUGGCGGGGGAAGGGGAAUUUGAGGAAAUCGCCGUGGCAGUGCCUAGAAAUAUCUAUGAGUAUUUGAAUCCCUCAGAGGAUAUGUCACCCGCCGUAUCAUUGACACUUAACGAAAACAGCAAUGCUGAAUUCUUGAAGCAGAGAAGCGAAACUUUAGUCUCGCAAACCGCCGACGUAUCAGAAAGGGUGCCCGACCCCAGAGGCAGUAUCGAGACCAUUGAAGUCUCACAACCAAAUGAGGUGGGUGUUGCGGAAGGCUCAAAUGAUGAAAAUGGAGCAAAAGUUGAGAAAAUUAAAAGUGAAAUCGACGCUGGUCCUACUACGGAGCACAACACUAUCACUGUCGAUGGAAGUGUGGAUAAUUCGUUGCUGGAUUUAACAGCCGACAGGGAAAGGCUCACUAAUAUGAGUAUCAUCACUGCGGCCGCCGUCAGUAUCCACAAUUUUCCGGAGGGACUGGCAACAUUCAUAGCAGCAUUAUCUGAUGGUCAACUUGGAGCUAUGAUGGCUAUUUCGAUAGCUCUGCACAACAUUCCUGAGGGUAUAGUGGUUGCAAUGCCCAUUUACUAUGCUACGGGAAGCAAGUGGAAAGGUUUCUUCUGGGCGGCGAUGUCCGGUUUCAGUGAAGUAGUGGGCGCUUUCUUUGGUUGGCUGAUACUUAAGGAUACCAUGGGUCCUACGACUUUUGGAGUUCUAUUUGGAAUGGUCGCGGGAAUGAUGGUCUAUAUUGCUUUUCAGGAAUUACUACCAACCGCUUUGAAGUAUGACCCAGCGAAUUCUGUUGCAUCACCAUCGGCAUUCUGUGGAAUGCUCGUGAUUGCCAUUAGUUUAGUUGCAUUUACAUUCGUCUAAUACAGAAAAAUAUAUUGGGCAUCACUCCGCUGGAAUAACUGCUGAAUAGGCUGAAAAGAAGAUAAUUUAUUGGUGUGUACACAAAUGAUGCACCCAACAUACCAAUCACCAAAAAACACAAACUUAGUCCAACAAUUAAAAACAGCCAUCAAACGAUGGAAAUGCUA